UGAGAGCUGGCCAAAACAACGUCACAACACAGCUAGUGUAAGUAAGCUCUGCCAUGUUGGUCAAAUCCCCAUGAGCGCUCGCCCAUCAUGAAAAGUCGCGUCGAGAAACUACCACUCAAGUGUUUCUAUUUCAUUAAAGCACGCAUACGGCGGAGGGAUGACCAGAAAGAUAGCAUUUAUUGUACUUAGUUCUUCCAGUCAUGAGGACAACUUCAGUGCCCAGCACCUCAUUGUCCAUGCACCCACUGUCAGUGGUUGGAGAUCUAGCAGGUUGUGUAGCUACCCUCAGCACAUCACCCUGCAGCUGGUGGAAAGAAGUCGGGUGAGGAAGCUGCAGUUGCUGGCCCACCAUUACCUAAUCCCAGCUAAGGUGGAGUUCCACAUUGGAGACAGUCCUCUUGAUCCUUGCACAUCCAUGUUCAUCGGCCAACUUCACAAGUUAGGCUACGUGUCUCUGUCGGACAAUGAGAAGACUGGCUUCAGAGCUCGGGAGCUGAAGUCGGUCCAUGUAGAUGCUGUUGGAACGUACCUGAGGAUCACAUUCCACAGAAAUCACGCGAAUCGUCACAAUCGCUACGAUCAGGUUGCGCUGGUGGCCAUCAAUGUGCUGGGUGAUCCCCUGGAUGGGGGCGCUUCUUACACUAUUCCAAGAGGAGAGCAGCUGAUCGAACACUACCUCAACGGCACCCAGCUGGAAGCCGCCUUGGAUGCGACCCUUGCAGGAAAAUAUGACUCCACAUCUCCCUUGGAUGACCUGGCCUUUGAUAUGUACCAGGACCCUGAAGUUGCCUGCAUCAUCCGCCAGCUGGAUCAAAAAAAGCAGGAUAUGGUUCACCAGGAGAGAUUUGAGCAAGCCAAGUAUCUGAAGCAGGCCAUUGCUGAUCUUCAAAAGGCUGGAGAGCAUUUGGCAAGGUUUGAUGUGGAGAGGCAGUGUGCAAUUGAAAAGGAGGAAUAUGACCUCGCCAAGAAAAAGAAGGAUGAAAUGGAUGCUUACCGGCGGAGUGUCUACCAGCAGCUGGAAGUCCACAACCUGUUUGAUCAUAUGGCAAUUGUUAGUCACCAAACACAGGCAAUGAUCACAAGUGCAUCGGAAUCAUGUCCAGCCAAGGAGAUUCCAUCACCUCUUUGUUCUUCAGCCAUCCCUUCGCUCCCCACCAAGUCCAUUGACACAAAAAGGAAAGAGAAAGCCCUUUCAAAUACUCCACAGAGCCGUCUGUCAGACUCUGACACACUCGUACCAAAAUGGAGCAACUCACCUUGCUCCUCGUCUGAGAUUCAAAUAAUAAAUUUCAUCGGUGUGCCUUUUGAUGAGAGGCAUCUGCCAGCCCCACAAAGAAAGGACCAGCCAGUGGAGGCUAUACAGAGCCCUGCAAUGGUUCACUCUGUUCCACUUGACACCCAACGUAGUCUGCUUAGCCCUGUGGUGGGCGAAGAACCGGAGCCCCUCUCGGAAAAGGCUCAGAGAGAGGCUGGCCAUGCAAUAGAGGUGUACGGUGAGAGUCUGGUUGCAAGGGCGUAUUCUAAAUCCUGGUCAAAUAGGGAAGAUGCACUCCUGGCAGUGCACAAGAAACUCUUGGAAGUGCCCUCCACGACUCCCAAAGAGGAGCUGAGAAGCAUGAUAAGAGCCGCAGUCUUCUUGGUCAAGAGGGCCCUCUCGGAGAAAGUUUCAUCUGUUUUCCAAGCCUCCUUGAAGUUGCUACUCUUCAUGUUGAGCCAGCUCAUCCCAGGUCUGGGCAGAGUUGAGGUGACCCACUGUUUGGAGAACACUUGGCCCACCCUACUGGCCAGGACUGGAGACUUGACUAACUACCUCCGCAACGCUGCCACAGCUACUAUCCAGGAAAUUGCUGCCCUGAAGGAUGUUCGGGUCUUGCACUUUGCACACGUUGAGCUGGUGAAGCCUUUCAAAUCCAACUUUCCCUCUCGUCUAGCCCAGAGUCGAGCCGAGCUGCUCGAAAAUCUCCUGGUGGAGCUGGGCACAGAGAAUUCUGGAUUCACCGUGGCGAAUGUAAUGAUGUUUUGUAUGGCAGCCUUGGAGCAUGGUGCGUCUGCUGUUCGAGAAGUGGCAGUGCGCAUCAUCUUGUCCAUGUACAAGCAGCACAGUUCGGCUGUUCUCAGCUACUUUCCAUCUCCUAAUGCUGCGCGGAAGAACUUCCUUUACAGAACCUUAUUUGAUGGCUUUGCCAAAAUCGACGGAAAGCUGGUGGAAACUCAGGAUGGGCAGAAUGAGAAAGAGGAGAUCCACUCUUUGCAAGAGCAGCUGGCUGCCUUGAAAGACAUGACAGAGGGAGACGGGAAAAGUACCAAAGGACAAAUGGCCAAGAAAGAAGUUCCUAAAGUUAAGAGGGUGUCUCAAAAGACUGGUAAACAAACAGUUCUAAAAUUGUCUCAGAACAAGACAACACCCACCGAGGAGGUCCAGCAAUCUGUCAUAUACCUGGAUAACUUAUGUAUAUUCUGCGGCAAAACUGAUGAUUCUUUCACGGAAGAUGGUUUAGACCUUCACUACUGGAAACACUGUCCCAUGUUGCGGCGCUGCGAUGAAUGCAAGCAGGUAGUAGAGAUCUCCAGCUUCACAGAGCACCUACUAAGCGAAUGUGAUAGUAGGUCCAAGUUCAGCCAGUGUCUGCGCUGCUCGGAGGCAGUGGCCACAGAAGAUCUGACUCGACACAUCCAGGGUACCACUUGCAAACCCCCUGUCUCAGGUAAACGCUCCAGCCACUGCCCUUUGUGUCACAGCAACUUUUCACCGGGAGAAGAGGCCUGGAAGGCUCACCUAACGGCCAGUGAGGGCUGCAAACAAAACUCACGCAGGGCCGCGGUGUCCCAGAGAACCCAACCAGCACAAGGUAAGGCUGUUGCUAGCACAAAGGUCCCAAACACCUGGUCGGUGGGAAGUCGAGGUGGAGCCAGGCCUUUGGGAAGAGGCAGUCGGAUCCCGUCUCUGGCACCCCUGGCUAGAGGACAUACACCUGGGAAGCGGUGAAGAAGAAAACUCACCUUCUUGCUGUAGAGGAUCAAUCCUAGUUUCUCAAUCUUGGGAAAGGUUUUAUGCCAUGUGAUUUGAUGACCUGCUUGCAAUCAGAACGAAUUUCGGCUAUUUGUCAGGGUUCAUACAACGUUGCAAAAAUGUUCGCAGACAGUUAUUGCUCAGUGAGAUACGGGCUGAAAUUAGAAGGUGACCUACUGGUCGUAAAAAUGAAAUCAUUGUCAUGCCAACUGAAUUCAAGUCAGAGAUCUUUAGUCCAAAUUUGAUCAAGGUCCAAAUUGGCUCCACUUGUUCACAUCACACAUCAAAUUUACAAAAAAAAAAAAAACUAAUUAUAGGUCCAGGGUAUGCUUCAUUUCAGCCAAUGAUGAGGCACGCAGUAAGUCGUUUCACAGUAUUUGUAUAGCACACCCACGUCACAUAGAUAAACCCAAGAAAAAAGACAAAGUUCAAAAAGGGGACAUUUUGACAAUUAUGUUGUCAUUAAAAAGGUUUCAGAAGAAAAGCAUGAGACUAUUUUAAUUACAAACUUGCUCUGGGAGCGAGUUGAACGAGUUAGACUGCUAAAGUGUGGCAGAUGGCAAAUAGAACCGAGAUAAUUUCCAAUGACGUCAUCAGGGGUUAUUUUGUCAGACCUGACAAUACCCUCCUACAACUAGAGACCCAGAUGCUACGAUACAGCUGUCGAUAUACUCUAUGCCCAGUGCCUGUGGCAUUCGACUGCGGCUACACAAACAGAAGUCGCUCCUUAGGCACCAAGAGGUGUUGCUGUAUUUGUUGUAUUGCCAGAUGAGGUGUGCAUUUGAGCAACUUUACACUAGAAAUGUCCCGAUCCAUUAUUCUGCAUCGGUAUCUGCUCCUUACAGAAUCGGAUUCAGUCACAGGAACGGGCCGAUCCUGUUUUAUGUGUUUUUGCGGCGUCGAGUCACAGACUCGCUUUUUGGCUGGCGUAAAUCAUUUCAAUGUACAGUUGAAGUUGAGUUUUGCUAAGGCUUAAGCAAAAGAUUGAACUUUAUAUAGUUCAAUGUGUUGUAAGUAUAGCAAAACAUGGAAAUAAUCAUUUUAAUGUGUACUGUUAUAUAUAAUUUCUUCCACACCUUAGGGUUGAAAUUAAAAAAUAUAUACGUAUAUAGUAGUAUAGUGGGGCGGGGGGCGGUAUCAGAUCACUAUUGGAUUGGGCACACCUUAAAAAAUCGUAUCGAAAGCCAAAAAACUUUGGGGGAGUUUAAACCUAAAACGAUGAGUAUGUAUUUGUCCAUGUCCUAAUACGUAUUUAUUGACCCGACUGCGUAUGUAAUAAUUGUAAUGUAGGUUGGAUACUGUGUACAUCUUCAUGACAAUGACUAUUUUUUUCUGCCUAAAGUACCUGCAUUUUUUUAAAAAAUAAAUAAACUUGCAUAACACAGGUUUUUAUUUGUUUGUUGACUAUGGCGUUAUUCCCGAGCAGCAUUUUUUUUAUUAAUGAAUCAAACAAAAGCCACUUUUAACAGAGAUUAACACAGAAUUAUUUUGUUUUUAUUUACACUAUAUUACCCCCUCUCCAAAAAAAUACAGAAUUUCAGACACUUUGGUUUCUUUUACCCUGAUUUUGUUGACAAUACACACUGAAACUCUUGCACUGUUAUUAAUGUAAGGCACAAACCGCCAUAACACAUUCAACUCUGGAUCCAUGAGACUCAAAUUUGAAAUGGCACAGAGAAUUGCACUGUAGACCUGUAUGGUAGUGGUUUCCCAAAAUGGAACGGUAUCAUAAUAGUCUUCUGCUUUCCUUUAUGGAUUCUUGCACCGCCACAUCAUAGAGAGGCCCUCUUUGCACAAACCAGUACUUCAUGAUGCACCAUGCUCCACAUCUUGAGGAGUUCUUGGGCGCCCAGUUUGUGUACCACAAUGAGGUUCUUGUAAAAGCACGGCUCGCUAUUCAUGGGGCUCAUCCUGCGCCUUGUAAUGCCGAAGGUCCUGAAGCCGGAGUGCAUCUCCGGGCUCAGGCGUAGCCUCUGCAAACACAUGCCCAGAAAGACAUCGUCAAUUGGGUACAGUUCCAGGUCCUCUGAGACCACAAAGAGCUUCCUGGCCAGCUGGGAGGACAUGAGGAACCCCCCUCCUCCCACAUAAGGAGGGUAUGGCUUAUCAAAGAGCUCCCUGGGGAUGUAAUAUUUGCUCUGUCUGUUCCGGAUGGGAAUGGCCUUGGAGAUGGUGUCCCCCACAAAUAGGUUAGUCUCCCUGUGCUCCUCCACUUUGAAGUUGAUGAGGUCCAGUAGGUUGU